AUGAAUAUGUUGGAUGAUGAAGAUGACCAAAGCUUUCACGCUACGCGUGACGGCUACUCCCAUUUGAGCGACGUCGAAUGGGAUGCGGUUGAACGGAUGGGUUCAGCCAUGGGCAUCCAUGCUGUUAGCGUCAUGCUAGAGGCUCUCAAUAGAGAUGCUCAACAUGUUACUAUCGCCAAGUUCAUUCAAAAUGAACUUGACGCAGAACGCGAGAAAUUUGAACUGUUGAGACAGCAGCAGGCUGCUGCUGGUGGGUCGAUGCACUCGCGUCGACCCGAAACCUUGAAGAUUGACAUCUCCAAGUAUAGGGGGGUCGAAGAAGACUCCCUCUUGAGAUGGUUCGUCGAAUUGGAUGACGCCAUAAGGGCGCGUCGCAUCGACGACGGGGAUAUGCAAGUUGCAUUUGCCCAGUCAAAUCUGGCAGGACGUGCCAAGACUUGGGCACUGGGGCUCAAGUUGCACGACCCAUAUGCGUUUGGGUCGUUAGAAGUCUUCAAGUCGCGGCUCAGACAAACGUUUGAACCGCCUAGAGCUGAGUUCAGAGCUCGAACCGAACUAUUGAAGCUCAAACAAGGUAAGCGUGAUGUGAACGCUUACGCGCAACAUAUACGACAUCUCACGAGUUGUAUAAGUUCCAAUCCGGUGGAUGAACACACGUUGGUUUCGGUGUUCAUGCAGGGUCUUGCGGAUGGUCCCGUCAAGACUCACCUGUUCCGGCUUGAACUAGAUUCACUAGAACAAGCCAUUUCCAUUGCGGAACAGUAA